UUCUAUUUAUAACCCCCUCCGGGUUCUGGGUACGCAGCCCAAACCCCCUCAUACACCUCAUCCCCGAGUACGAAGCGCGCGUCUCCAGAUUUGGCGACUCCACCGCCCCGCCGCGAGAUCGAAGCGCGGCGCCGCCGGCCCCGUUCGGCUCUCCCCAGCAUAUAGCUGCUACCAUGGCAUCCAAUACAGGAGCGUCAGGAUGGCUAAGGGGUAAGGUGAAGGGUGUGACUUCUGGUGACUGCCUUCUCAUCAUGGGUAGUACAAAGGCAGAGAUUCCACCAGAGAAGUCCAUCACUCUGUCAUACCUUAUGGCCCCAAGACUGGCUCGUCGUAGUGGGGUGGAUGAGCCAUUUGCUUGGGAAAGCAGGGAGUUUCUGAGGAAACUCUGCGUAGGAAAGGAGGUCACAUUCAGAGUGGAUUACACUGCUCCUAAUGUUGGACGAGAAUUUGGUACUGUGUACCUUGGCGAUAAGAAUGUUGCCUACUCAGUAGUUGCUGCAGGAUGGGCAAGGGUUAAGGAGCAAGGCCCGAAGGGUGGUGAACAAAGCCCAUACCUCGCUGAACUGCAAAGGUUGGAGGAAGUUGCCAAGCAACAGGGUUUAGGCCGUUGGAGCAAGGAACCAGGUGCUGCUGAAGAAUCAAUAAGAGAUCUUCCACCAUCAGCAAUUGGUGAAUCAAGCGGUUUCGAUUCAAAGGGUUUUGCGGUUGCCAAUAAAGGGAAGAGUCUGGAAGCUAUUGUUGAACAAGUUCGUGAUGGCAGUACUAUUCGUGUUUACUUGCUCCCAAGUUUCCAGUUUGUCCAGAUUUAUGUUGCUGGAGUACAGGCUCCAUCCAUGGGGAGACGCCCACCGAAUCCUACUGUUGUUGCCGAAGUGGAGGGCACUGCUGAUGGCACCACAAAUGGUGACGAUUCUGUGGAAAGUCCUGCACCACUGACUACAGCACAAAGGCUUGCUGCAUCGGCAGUCUCUACUGAAAUUCCGCCAGAUAGGUUUGGAAGAGAAGCCAAGCACUUCACAGAGACUCGAGUUCUGAACAGAGAUGUGCGGAUUGUGGUUGAGGGCACAGACAGUUUUAAUAAUAUAAUUGGUUCGGUGUAUUACCCUGAUGGUGACACUGCAAAGGAUUUGUCCCUUGAGCUUGUUGAAAAUGGUCUUGCGAAAUAUGUUGAAUGGAGUGCGAACAUGCUAGAUGUGGAAGUCAAAAUAAAGCUGAAGAAUGCUGAACUUCAGGCAAAGAAGGAUCAGCUGCGAAUUUGGACUGGAUUUAAGCCACCAGCGACAAACUCGAAGCCAAUCCAUGACCAGAAAUUCACAGGGAAAGUGGUCGAAGUGGUGAGUGGGGAUUGCAUUAUUGUUGCUGAUGAUGCUGCUCCAUAUGGCAGUCCUACAGCAGAACAACGGGUUAAUCUUUCAAGUAUCAGGGCUCCUAAGCUAGGCAAUCCUCGUAGAGAGGACAACAAGCCCGCAAAUUUUGCUCGUGAAUCUAAGGAAUUCUUGCGCACCCGAUUGAUUGGCAAACAAGUUACUGUUGAAAUGGAAUAUUCUAGAAGGAUCAGCACCGUGGAUGGACAGAAUGCUGCGCCCACAACGAACAUGGCUGACACCAGAGUUUUAGACUAUGGAUCGGUUUUUCUAGGUUCACCAGCUGGUGGAGAUGACACAUCUUCUAUUCCGAACACAGGCAACCAGCCUAGAAUUAAUGUUGCUGAGCUUUUGCUUUCACGUGGAUUUGCUGAGAUAUCCAAACACCGUGACUAUGAGGAAAGAUCACAUUAUUUUGAUGCUCUAUUAGCAGCUCACUCACGUGCUGAGAAAGCCAAGAAAGGACUUCAUUCUGACAAACUUUCUCCUGUCAUGCAUAUAACAGAUUUGACAAUGGUUUCUGCAAAGAAGGCAAAAGACUUCCUUCCCUUCCUACAAAGGAACAGAAGGCAGAGUGCUAUUGUUGAAUAUGUUUUCAGUGGCCAUCGUUUCAAACUAACAAUUCCAAAGGAGACUUGCAGCAUCGCCUUUUCAUUGUCUGGUGUUAGGUGCCCUGGUAAAGAUGAGCCCUAUUCAAGUGAAGCUAUUGCUCUAAUGAGGAGGAUGAUUCUACAGCGCGAUGUCGAGAUUGAGGUUGAAACGGUUGAUAGAAAUGGAACAUUCUUAGGUUCCUUGUGGGAGUCCAAGACCAACAUAUCUUCUGUUCUUUUGGAGGCUGGCUUGGCCAAGCUAAGUUCAUUUGGCUUGGAUAGGAUUGCGGAUGCUCAUGUCCUCACAAAAGCUGAGCAGUCUGCAAAGCAGCAGAAACUGAAGAUAUGGGAGAACUACGUUGAGGGUGAAGAAGUGUCCAAUGGAUCUGCCUCUGAAUCCAAACAGAAGGAAAUUCUCAAGGUUGUUGUUACUGAAGUUCUUGGUGGUGGAAAGUUCUAUGCCCAGACAGUAGGUGACCAGAGAGUGUCUUCCAUUCAACAACAACUUGCAUCAUUGAAACUUAAAGAAGCGCCAGUCAUUGGUGCUUUUAAUCCCGUAAAGGGAGAGAUAGUCCUUGCGCAAUUUAGCCUCGACAACUCCUGGAAUAGAGCCAUGAUUGUUAAUGGACCUCGAGGAGCUGUCGAAUCUGUAGAUGACAAGUUUGAAGUAUUCUACAUUGAUUAUGGUAACCAAGAAGUGGUUCCUUACAGUCGCAUACGUCCUGCAGACCCAUCAGUUUCCUCCUCUCCUGCUCUUGCCCAGCUGUGCAGUCUUGCAUUCAUAAAAGUCCCUGGUCUGGAAGAUGAUUAUGGCCAGGAGGCAGCUGAGUAUCUUAGUGAAUGCUUGCUCAGCAGUUCAAAACAAUUCCGAGCAAUGAUCGAAGAGCGUGACGUUUCUGGUGGGAAAUCAAAGGGACAAGGGACUGGAGCUACUCUCAUUGUGACUCUGGUUGACGCAGAGACAGAAUCCAGCAUCAAUGCUGCCAUGCUUGAGGAAGGGGUUGCGCGACUUGAAAGAAGCAAGAGAUGGGACACCAGGGAGAGGAAGACGGCUCUCCAAAAUCUGGAACAGUUCCAGGAGAAAGCUAAGAAGGAAAGGCUGCGGCUUUGGCAGUACGGAGAUGUCGAAUCUGACGAGGAGGAGCAAGCUCCAGGUGCAAGGAAACCAGGAGGGCGUCGGUAGACGAGAGAAAGCGGCUCGAGAAAGUGGUAUGGUCAUGGCUUAGCUUUGAAGUUUUUUGGACACCAAGUGGAACUCAGCCGGGAACUUAUAUGAAAACUAGUAAGAGGACUUCAUUCAUGCAGUUAGAAGAGAACUUAGCAAGGCGAAACUUUCUCAGUUUGAGCACUGUCAAUGCAGAACUGUUCCUUUUUUACAUCAUUAAAGUUAAAUAGCUGAAAUACAUUGUUUUUCCCCUAAGCUUAAUAAGGUCGUGUCCUUGUGGACUGCUUUUCCUUGUAGACAGAACAUUAAUACUGAGAACUGUAGUCAAUUAAAAUUCAGGCUUGGAGUUGAAUGUCGCAAUAGAGUAACUUGUACUACUGUCCCAUGCUUUGGAUGUGAUUC